AUGGCCGCCUCACAAGAAUUUUCUAAGGAGCAGCUAAACUAUUACAGAAUUUGUUAUGUAACCACGGAUAUUUUAACGGAAGGUCUACGGUCUCUAUUCAAACAAGAAUGGGACAAUCGCUACAAAGCUACACUUGGGGAGUGGAAAGAUGACCCUAAAAGUGGGAGGGAUUUUUAUAACGGAGAGUCCCCGCGGAACCAAAGACGAAACGCUCAUCUAUUGGUGACCAUACAAAAUGGGGAUAGAGCUAAAUGGGACUGCACCAUGCUGUUUUACGCUAUUCUUUAUUCUGAUUGUAUCGGGAGCGGUCUCAGCCCAACAGUAAAGACCAAAGUAGACGAUCUAAGAAAAUUCAGGAACGAAGAAUUCGCUCACAUGCCACGUGGCUCCUUGGUCGAUGCAGACUUUCAAAAUGCCAUUAGUAAAGUCCAUGGAGCAUUUCACGCUCUCGGCCUUUCUACUUCGCAAAUUAAUGACGUCAAGAAUCAGACGUUUUUUCCCACGGAGAAGUUAAGUCUUGUUAUGAAACAGGUUGACGAUCUUGAGCAGGAACUUGUACAAGAGAAACAACAACGAAAAGUCCUUGAGGAUCAGCUGGAAAAAGAUAUCUCCCCCUUUUGCAUUCUUCCUGCUAAGCCUUCACAUCACGUCAGGGGACGAAAUCGUGAGGUUGCCGAAAUAACGAAACAGCUUAAAGAGUUAAAAUGGGCCAGUAAAAAUGAGCUCAGUUACUUGUACAUCUCUGGGAAUCCUGGGAGUGGGAAAUCACAGUUGGCUGGCCUCAUAGCUAAGCGGUUUUUCGAUGAGGCCAGAGAUAUUCCAUCUUCUACUCCAUGUGUGAUGACGUUAAAUGCUGCAAGUCCUGAUUCACUUCUGGAGUCGUAUGCUUUAAUGGCUCGACAGGUAAAGUGUCCUGAAUAUGCAGUUACAAACACCCUUAACUCUAAGGCUGUUAAAACAGAGGAGAAAAUCUCAAAUUUUAAAACGCUAAUUUCCGCGAGGAUUAAAUUGUACACCACUUGGCUGGUUAUAGUAGACAACGUGUGUAGUAUGACUUGGGUACAUGAUCAUCUUCCAGAACGUGGAAACGGGCAAUGGUCAAAUGGCCAGAUCCUAGUUACAACCCAGGACGUCUCUUCCAUCCCUUCAACAAGCUCCUUCGUUAAUCACGUCUCGAUAAGCAGGGGUAUGGAGGUUGACGAUUCCUGUUCUUUAUUAACGAUGCUUUCUGGAAUCUCUGACCGCGAGAUGGAGAAGGAAGUCACCGUAAAGUUGGACUACCAGCCUCUUGCAUUGGCGAGCGCUGCAACCUACGUCAAACAGGUUCGGCAAAACAAAGAAACUGCAAACUUCAACUGGGUCGACUACUUAGAGAAGAUAGAAAAAGGACAACGGAGCACCACUGAGAAAUUUCUUUCGCGAAGCAACCUAUGUUACCCAAAGUCCAUGACCGCAGCAACAACACUUGCUGUUGAAAAUGCGAUGAUGUCUGACAAAAUUGUCGGUCACACGUUUACUUUGCUUUCUCUGUGUUCAGCAGAUCCCUUAAGCUUAGACAUCGUGAUCAAUUAUAUUUCCAAGAUGGAUGAACGAGCAGCGGACAGAGAGUUCAUUUGCCUAAACCUCAAAAGGUGUUCACUGGUUUUAUUUGAAGAGGACGAAAGUGGCGCUUUUAUUCGUGUUCAUCAGGUUGUGCAUGAUGCUACCAAAACUAUAAUGAAAGAUCACCAGGAGCCGCGAGAUUCAAGUCAAAAAAUCAAUGCAGCAGCGACAUCAUUUAGCCAGUUUGUAACCACUAUUCCGAAACACAGUAAAACGUACUCAGACACCAUACACUUGGUCCCACAUUUAAAGACCUUAAUUAUAACUAUUGAAUCUCUGUUUCCGGAAAAAAACACAACUCACAACAACAAGGGGACACUAAGGCCAGAAAACAUUUUUUCGGAUUAUUUAAUUCAACUUGGCGAGAUUUGUUCUGAACAUUGUGAGUUUCACAUAUCAAGGAAGUACCAUGAAUAUGCACUAACCACCAAAUUAAAAAUCCUUGGCGCUGACCAUACUGAAGUGGCAAAUAGUUACCUUUACCUAGGAUAUAUUCACCAGAGGUUAGGUCACCAUGAGCGUGCGAAAGAGUAUGAAGAUCGCGCUCUCAAAAUAUACCUCAAGAAGCACGGUCCUGACCAUAUUGAAACUGCAAGGGUCUACGGUUUCUUGGGAUCAAUUCAGAUAGGUUUAGGUGACCUUGAGCGCGCGAAGGAAUAUCAGAAGCGUUCACUCGUAAUUGCCCUAGAAAAGCUCGGUCCUGACAAUGCCGAAGUUGCAUCUGGAUACCAUCACUUGGGUCGUAUUCACUACGAUCAAGGUGACCUUGAGCGUGCGAAGCAAUAUCAAGAACGAGCUCUUGCCAUUUACCUAAAGAGGGUCGGUCCUGACAAUAUCAACGUUGCGAGUUGUUACCAUCACUUGGGUGUUAUUCAUGGCAACUUAGGUGACCUUGAGCGUUCGAAGCAACAUCAAGAACGAGCUCUUGCCGUUUACCUAAAGAGGCUCGGUCCUGACCAUGCCAACGUUUCGAGUUGUUAUCAUCACUUGGGAUGUACUCACCGCGAUUUAGGUGAACUGGAUCGCGCAAAGGAAUAUUAUGAACGUGCUCUUGCCAUUAACCUAAAGAGGCUUGAUCCUGACCAUGCCGAUGUUGCAUUAAGUCUCCAUCACUUGGGAUGUACUCACCACGAUUUAGGUGACCUUGAGCGCGCAAAGGAAAAUCAUGAGCGUGCUCUUGCUAUUGGCCUAAAGAGGCUCGGUCCUGACCAUGCCGAAGUUGCGAGCUUUUACCAUCAAUUGGGAUGUACUCACCAGGAUUUAGGUGACCUUGAGCGCGCAAAGGAAUGUCAUGAGCGUGCCCUUGCUAUUGACCUAAAGAGGCUCGGUCCUGACCAUGCCGAAGUUGCGAGCUUUUACCAUCACUUGGGACGUACUCACCGGGAUUUAGGUGACCUUGAGCGCGCAAAGGAAUAUCAUGAGCGUGCUCUUGCUAUUGGCCUAAAGAGGCUCGGUCCUGACCAUGCCGAAGUUGCGAACUUUUAUCAUCACUUGGCACGUACUCACCACGAUUUAGGUGACCUUGAUCGCGCAAAGGAAUAUUAUGAACGUGGUCUUGCCAUUAACCUAAAGAGGCUUGAUCCUGACCAUGCCGAUGUUGCAUUAAGUCUCCAUCACUUGGGAUGUACUCACCACGAUUUAGGUGACCUUGAGCGCGCAAAGGAAAAUCAUGAGCGUGCUCUUUCUAUUGGCCUUAAGAGGCUCGGUCCUGACCAUGCCGAAGUUGCGAGCUUUUACCAUCACUUGGGAUGUACUCACCAGGACUUAGGUGACCUUGAGCGCGCAAAGGAAUGUUAUGAACGUGCUCUUGCUAUUGAGCAAAAGAUGGUCGGUCCUGACAAUGCCAACGUUGCACUUAGGUACCAUUUUCUGGGUCUAGUUCAGCAAGAUUUAGGUGACCUUGAGCGCGCGAAGGAAUAUCAUGAGCGUGGUCUUGCUAUUUUCCUAAGGCUUGGUCUUGAUCAUGCCGGAGUUGCAUUGAGUUAUUAUUCAUUGGGCCUUAUUCACCACCAUUUAGGUGACCUUGAUCGCUCAAAGGAAUAUGAAGAUCGUGCUGUCGCAAUUGAGAAAAACAAGCCUGCUGGUAAACAUAACAGUAACUCAGGAUGUAUUCACCAG